UUAAACUUGGAAUUUCAAAAUAUAUUUUGUGUUAAAAAAAUUCAAAGUCUAAAAAUUUUAUGGAGGAAAUUCGGAUAAAUACCCUCGCUCUCUCUUAAAUCCGCCACAGCACAGGAUAAGCACGUGGGCGUCGCCUCUCUCUUAUUGCUGGCUGGCAGUUGGCACUGAACAAAGUCUAUCAAAACAGAAGUUGGCUUUGUCUCUCAUGGUUUUGCAUAUUGGUUGAUAUAUUUUGGUUUUUUUGGGAAACAAAAAGAGGGAAAAAAAGACUCAUAACAUGAAGUUUAUGAAACUUGGAUCUAGGCCUGACACUUUCAUUACUACUGAGGCUGUAAGGUCAGUUAAUUCUGAAGUUAUUAGUGAUCUCAUAGUUCAAGUAAAGGGUAGCAGAUAUUUGCUUCACAAGUUUCCCCUGCUGUCAAAGUGUUCAAGGCUGCAGAGGCUAAGUUCUGAAAGUCCAGAAACCUCACAGCAUCAAAUUGUGCAGCUACCAGACUUUCCUGGUGGAAUUGAAGCAUUUGAGCUAUGUGCAAAAUUCUGUUAUGGAAUUACCAUCACUCUAAGUGCCUACAACAUUGUCGCGGCACGGUGUGCUGCAGAGUACCUACAGAUGACAGAGGAUGUAGAAAAAGGAAACUUGAUUUACAAACUCGAAGUAUUCUUCAAUUCUUGCAUACUUUCAGGUUGGAAAGAUUCAAUUGUGACAUUACAAAGUACAAAGUCCUUCCCUUUAUGGUCUGAGGAUUUGGGAAUUACAAGCAGAUGUAUUGAAGCUAUUGCUUCAAAAGUCUUAGCCCAUCCUUCAAAGGUGAAUUUGUCAAGAAGCUACUCGAGAAGAGGCCAGAGGGAUGAUAUUUCAUGCAAUGAAUCAGAAAACAGAAGGCAUAAUAAAGGUUCAUCUAAAAUUUGGUGGGCUGAAGAUUUAGCAGAAUUGAGCAUAGACCUUUAUUGGAGAAGUAUGAUAGCUAUCAAAUCUGGUGGAAAAGUACCUGCCACUGUUAUCGGUGAUGCAUUGCGAAUUUACGCCUCAAGAUGGUUACCAAACAUUUCAAAAUAUGCAAAUCUUGAGAGGCAACUAGUAUAUGAUCAAUCCGAAUCGGAUUCAAUUGGAAAACACAGGCUGCUUUUGGAGUCAAUAAUCAGCUUGUUACCAGCUGAAAAGGGGGCAGUUUCUUGUAGUUUCUUGUUGAAACUACUUAAAGCAACUAACAUAUUGAAGGCUUCUUGUUCAUCCAAGAUGGAAUUGGCAAGAAGGGUUGGCCUUCAAUUAGAAGAUGCUAGUGUUAAUGAUCUGUUAAUACCUUGUGUGUCACACACAUGUGACACAAUUUAUGAUGUGGAUAUAGUUAUCACCAUAUUACAACACUUCAUGUUGCAGGUGCAAAGUCCCCCAACAAGUCCAUUAAGAAGGAAAGGAGAUUUUGAGAGGAGAAGGUCUCGUUCCGCGGAGAAUAUUGACCUUGAGUUUCAAGAAAGUAGAAGAUCUUCUUCCGCAUCACAUAGCUCAAAACUCAAGGUAGCUAAACUCGUCGAUGGAUAUCUACAAGAAAUUGCCAGGGACACAAAUUUACCCCUCUCAAAAUUCAUAUCCAUUGCUGAAGCAAUUCCAGAAUUCUCUAGGCUUGACCAUGAUGAUCUUUACAAAGCCAUUGACAUCUAUCUCAAGGGGCAUCCAGGGCUGAACAAGAGUGAAAGAAAGCUCCUUUGUAGGAUGUUAGACUGCAAGAAACUAUCAAUGGAUGUUUGUAUGCAUGCUGCACAAAAUGAAUUACUUCCACUAAGGGUAGUUGUUCAAGUUCUUUUUUUCGAGCAAGCUAGAACCGCCAUGUCUGGUGGUCAUGUAACAGAAUUGACUAGUAACAUCAAAGCACUUCUAGCAAACCAUGAUGACACAUCCAAGACUUCAGCAUCUUUUAACAAGGCCAAAAAAAUGGCACCAGUUGAUGACCAGUGGAGUAAUGCCUCAGGCCUAAAAUCACCAAAGUCCAAUCUUUCAACUCUGAAAAUGAAGCUAGCUGAAGAUGAUGAUUUGGAUGAACAUAAUGCAGAUGAAAUUGGGAAAUCUUCAAGAAUUAGAGCUUUAUGUGUGCUUCCAAAUCGACCUAAAAAAAUGUUCAGUAAGUUAUGGUCAAAUAAUAGGUCAUCAGUUGCAAGUGAAAAAAACUGAUAAUUUAUACCUUUAUUUUUAAAGGUAACAUAUACUCUGUUAUCAUUAUUGUGGCCUUAGAGAGUAUUUAUUUUUCCUUUGUUAGUUUCUGGAGAAUAAUUUGUAGCCUUUAGAAUAGAGAAAUCUUUAUGCUUAAGUAUUGAUGUAAACUGUCACCUAAGCUAAUAAAAGUACAAAAAUUUUACAAUUAGAAAGGGGA